AGAAAUUUUUCUAUGAAUAAAAUAAUUGUGCUACAAACGAGUUAAAAAUGGCUUCAACAUUAAAAUAUUUAACAAAACCAGGCCGAAUUCUUAUUCAUCCAUCAUCAAGUCCAUUGCGUGUAGUGUGUCGAAAUAUGUGUCAAAGUCAUGAAGAUGUUAUUCUUGAGUCAACUAAAACUGUGGGGGUAAUGAUGCUAAAUCGGCCACAAUAUUUAAAUGCUUUAAAUCUGUCCAUGGUUAAUAAAAUUUUGGCUGCGUUAAAUGAUUGGCAAGAAACAAAAGCAGUUGUUAUUAUGCGAGCUCUGGGUCAAAGAGCAUUUUGUGCUGGUGGCGAUGUAAAGAAAGUUGCCGAAGCUGCAUAUAUUGGUGAUUACAAUUACGGCGACGAAUUUUUUUAUCGAGAGUACAAGAUGAACAAUCUGAUCGGAAAUUUAAAGAUACCAUAUGUUACAUUCAUGGAUGGAAUUACAAUGGGUGGAGGUGUUGGACUUGCCAUUCAUAGUAAUUAUCGUGUUGCAACCGAAAAUACAUUAUUUGCAAUGCCAGAAUGUCGUAUUGGAUUCUUCCCCGAUGUUGGCAGUUCUUACGUGUUGCCACGCAUGACUGGUUACCUUGGCCUCUACUUAGGUCUUACUGGGCAACGAUUAAAAGGUCCAUGUGUGUAUCAUGCGGGUAUUGCUACACAUUACGUCGAAAGCAAGAAUCUACAUAAAUUGGAACAAGAAUUACUACUCUGUUCGGGACAUAAAGACGUUAAAGAUACCUUAGAUUGUUUCCACAAACAAACCGACGAGGGCAAAUUCAUCUUAAAACCUCAUCUUGGUAUGAUCGAUGCCGUCUUCUGUGAAAACGAAGUCGAAAUGAUUAUGACAAAGUUGAACAUGUACCGGGAGGACUCUGAAUGGGUACAGUGUGUAAUGAAAACAUUGUACGAUCAAUGUCCAACCAGUUUAAAGGUGACCACAAAAGCCUUCUACAAAGGCAUGACCAUGAACUUAGAUCAAUGCUUGAAUAUGGAAUUACAAAUGGCGAAAUAUGCAAUCAGACAACCCGAUUUCUAUGAAGGUAUUCGUGCCCAAUUGAUCUCGAAAGAUAAUAAUCCGAAAUUCUCGCCAGCCACUAUUCCUGAAGUGACCGAUGAAAUGGUGGAUGCAUUCUUUGAAGAUUGUACAUGCACGAAGUAUGGAAAAAUAUGAGCAGUGUUUGAGUCCCAUUUUUUGAGUCAUUUGUGUGAGGAACGUUUUUCUUUUGACCCUUUAGCUCGAUUAAUUAAUAUAAGUAAUAUAAGUUGCCCCGUUGUUAAAGUUGAACAUCUUCUAAGCGCAUGAUGGAAGUAUGAAAUAUUUUUUUAUACAGAAGUUUUGAAUGUUUUCUUGGUGAAGUCGUUUUUAAAUCUGUUUUACAAAUACUUGUUUUACAUUCUAUUUUUUA